AUGGACCAGUUAAUUAAAACUGCAAAAGGUACCAGAGACUACUUUGGGCGAGACAAGAUUGUGCUGGACCGAAUUAUACAGGAGGUGCAGGAGAUAUACCAGAACAGAGGGGGUGUUUCGCUUGACACGCCAACCUUUGAGAUAAAAUCCAUUCUUAUGAACAAGUAUGGGGAAGACUCCAAGCUGAUAUACGAUCUGGCAGACCAGGGGGGCGAAAUAUGUGCACUGCGGUACGAUCUGACAGUGCCUCUUGCCAGGCACCUGGCCAUGACGAAAACUGUUAAGAUGAAAAGAUACCACACGGCAAAGGUAUUCAGGCGCGACCAGCCAGCCCUCAGUAAGGGGCGGUACAGAGAGUUCUAUCAAAGCGACUUUGACAUUGUAGGGGAGUAUGCGCACAUGGCAGCUGAUGCAGAGAUAGUGAGUACUGCGUGCAGUAUCCUGGAGAACUUCUCAAAAGAUGUGCCUGCAGACAGGAAUGCGCUGUAUAUUAGGAUAAACCACAAGAAGCUUGUGGACAGCCUGAUGGAGGUGUGCGGUGUGGAUAAGUCUCUGGCAGGGCCUAUUGGCAGCGCAAUUGACAAGCUGGAUAAGCUCCCGUGGGAAGAAGUGGCUGAGGAGAUGAGAAAGAAAGGAGCAACAGAAGAGGCUGUGGAAGGAAUUAAGGAGUUCAUCCAGAUUAAAGGAUCUUUCAAUGUUCUGAGUGUGCUUAAAGAGAAGAGCAUAGGGCAGACCCAGAGCGGAAAAGAGGCACUGCGUGAUCUGCAGAGGCUGCACGAGCUGCUGGUUGUGUAUGGCGUGGAUGAUAAGAUUGUUCUGGAUGUAAGCUUGAUUCGGGGCCUAGAGUACUACACAGGGAUUUUGCUAGAAGGAGGAUAUACUGGAAUAGAGGGAACACUUGUGGCAGGCGGCAGGUAUGACGGGCUGGUGAAUUCUAUUCUUGCAGGGUGCACAGAGGGCAGCGGUCUGGUGAAGGAUUUGAAUGCAAAGCUGAAGGUAAAAAACAAGAAAGAGAAGCCUGCUAAGCGCAUAGAUGAGAUUAAGUGCGUGGGGAUCAGCCUGGGGGUAAGCCGACUGUUCAGCCUGGUGGAGGGAAAUGACAAAAAAACACACACUGAGGUUGUGGUGUGCUCAGUUGGGUCGAACUUACUUGAAGAAAGAAUCCGAAUGUGCAUCUAUCUGCGAAACCACGGGAUAAACACAGAGUACUUUAUGGGAGAGUCAAGCAACUUCACAAGGCACAGUGAGUAUGCAGAGUCAAUCGGGGCAAGCAUGCUUAUCCUGAUAGGACGGAAGGAAAUAGAGGAAGAGAAGUACCAAAUCAUAUGGGGAGAUAAAAACAAUAGAGAAAAGACAACAGUGCACAUCUCCAAUCUUGUUAGUGAGAUUGAAAAGCUGAUUAAAAAGAGGGUCCAGAAAGACGUGGUAGAGAAAGAAGACUCAGAGGAGGAGAUCAUUAAGGCACAGAUUUAG